CAGUGAGAGGCGCACGCGCGUGCACAGCAGAGUGACGGAUGACAAAAGGUCCUCUUCCUCCUCUUCAUCUGUGCUGACGUCACGUGGACGGUCAACAUGUCAACAGGAAGUGGAUUGGUGUCGGUGGACUUUGAAGUCUUUGGUCACGUCCAAGGAGUGUGCUUCAGGAUGUACACUGAGAAGGAGGCGGGGCUCCUGGGUGUGGUGGGCUGGGUGAAGAACACCCACAGUGGGACGGUGGUGGGUCAACUCCAAGGUCCUUCUGACGCCGUGGAGGAGAUGAAAGUGUGGCUCAGCAAAGUAGGAAGUCCCGGCAGUCGCAUCAGCAGAACUUCCUUCAGCAACUCCAAGGACAUCAACAAGCUGGAGAUGAGCGGCUUUCACACUCGCUACUGAAUGCCUGAGGUACACCUGAGGCACACCUUGUGCUACUUCCUGCCUGUGCUGUGUGCACGCCUGCAUGCAGCAACACUUUUUGGACAGUAAACACAAAUGCACACCCGAAUGUUGCACUCAACACACAGAAAAUGCUGAGUGUGCAGUAAAGAAGGCGCACUACCCCCAAUAUAGUCGCCAUCUUGGUUAUGCAGCAGAAGGAGCGGGGCUAAAUUUGGUGGCAAUCCACCAUGAACAAGAGAGAAGAAGAAGCAUGAGCUUUCAACAUGGCUGCCAUGGCAACGGGAAGCCUGACACAGCAUUGUGUGUGUGCGCUUCCUGGAUACAAUGUUAGAGGUUCCUUGUCGUCAUGCCAACAGCCCUCCGUGAGACCUUCAUACAAUCACAAGGUGUGUGUGUGUGUGUGUGUGUGUGUGUGUGUGUGUGUGUGUGUGUGUGUGCGUGGGGCAAUGGCCAUGAAGACAUCGUACGAGAAGAUGAAAAGGAGCUACAGUAUAGCAACACGCCAAACACCAAUGACUUGCUUUCACUUUCACUUUAACGGAGUUGCAACAUUCUAGAAGGUACAACAUGUGUUUGAAUGUUGAACUCCAGCCCCGUAUUAAAGGCGCAACAUCAAUCUCUUGCCAGAAGCUUCCGUGGCUCAUGUGGAUCUCCACAGGACUAAACACCUCCAAAUAUAAAGUCUCCUCUUUCAAGAUGGCACACUACACACGCCCACAUGACCCCCCCUUCCUCACCCGGCAACAACUUUGGCAUCCCAGCACCGUCGUCAUGGAAACCUUCCUCUGUUCAAAAGUGUGUGGAGAGAGAUAGAUGCAGCAAGUUUCAGAGACGCUCGCUUUUUCCCUCAUUGCCACUUUGUGUGGGAGUGGGCCAGACACACACACACACACACACACACACAUACACGCACGCACACAUGUACACACCUGACUGAGCGAGCCCUGACAGUCGUUGCCAAGCAACAAGUUGACAUUCAACCAACUUCACGUCAACUUUUUAGUGUCAUCCAGCGACAUCACAGGUGUCAAAAUGAUUAUUAUUAUAAUUUAACCCACCACAUCAUUUUAUUUGGCCUGCCACAGGAUCUCCAGACCUGUGCAGGCUGGUAGGGUAAAAGCAAACGUUAAAGACACUACCAUAACAACAUUUAUAAAUCAUAAGAAGAACCUUCUAAUGGAUCCUGGAACACACGGAGAGCCAAUGCAGAGAUUUUAAUAAACAAUUUUACUUUUUUUCUAA